GGACACUUUGCAAUGAACAAUAAUAAUAUGGAGUACCUAAUUACGAAUGUCGGUCCCAGAGGGAGCACGAGCCCCCGAAGGCUUCCAUCCCCCUUUGUCAUGAAGAAUGCAUUUUGCCUUCAUAACUCGACUCUGACAAUCCCCGUUCUGGAUGCCAUAUCCGGGCACCUACAAAGACAAUCCUGCUCCCGAGUUCCGUGGUUAUUUCCUUUGUGAUAGGGCAAUGCAGCGACUGCCUCACGCAACUCGUCUUAACUGUGUCUCCGAUCCCAGGUGCCCUGCAUUCAUUUCAAGAGCUGACAAGUCAAGGAAUCCUAAUCAUUGGGCCUGGACAUUGGAGGCACAGGAUGAAAAUCUCUCACUUGGGUCCUUAUCGUUGUUGCUCGAUGCUCUUCUGGCUGAGUCAACCUUACGAGUUCACCCGCAGGUCCCAUUGAUAGCCCGAAGUGACCUUGGGAUGGUGGUACAGCACAGUCCUCCCCCUGGAAGCUUACCCCGCAAAACUGGGAAUCCUGGACGGAUGGCAAAGUUCGUCGCCGGCCAUGAACCCAUGGAUUUUAAUCCCAGAAUCUGCAACGACGACGACGGUGCCUUCCACAACUUGUCACCGCGGUACUUGUAGUCGUCCUCCGUGAUGUCUUCCAUCCUACAAAGAAGGACCGAGGAGCGAGGUGCUUCGUAUUCCAUACAGUCUCUGCCACCACACUCGACGAGCUGAGGUCAUGUGAUUGCAACCAUUCGCAUCGCAAAGGCCCACCCAGACGGCCCCAAGAAGGAUUCAAGCAAGGAGGUUAUCUCGCUUUGCUUCGACCAGUUUCCAAGGGUUUCCAAGCAUUCAAGCCCUCCGUGCUCUGUCCAGCGAAUCCGGUCCCGGAAUAGGGAGCUGUCAAAAACCUGUCAACGGCAGUGGCAUGUUUAUCUGAUCGGCGGUCUUGUUCCAAGCGACAUUAGGCUUACGAAACAUAGAUCCAAUGAUGUCCCAGAGAAAACAGGGGAUGACCACGUGAAAUGAUAAGCUACUAUUGGCAGAUGCUGGGUUUGAGAACUCGGGGGUCAUCUCGGAUAAUCCCAAGGAAGUCGAAGCACUGACACUGGAGGUUUCGGCAGUGUCAUUGAGAUGCCUUGCUGAUGUUUCAGCCAGACGUCGCUUUGGCAAUCCAAGGCACCCACAAGGCAAGAGACCCAGUCUUUCGACGGGGCAGAGAGCAUUCAUCGUCAAUGAGCGUCAACCGAGCCGUGCUGUAAAUUACACAGACCAACAUGUCGCCGUAUCUCGAUCAUUGACCCAACAAAAGACAGACUGGACUGCUAUUCGAUACUUGCCAUUUUGCCCAAAAGUCGGUGAAAAGGCAGUGCAAUUUCAACCUCCUUCAAUGGCUCUUUCAGUGGCACUCUGGUGCUGUUACAGUGCCUGUCUCGGUGCAGUCUAAUGCAGCCAGCGGGCACUUGAGAUGCAGAAGCCUGCAUAAGCUCAGCAGGAGGGGUUCUCCAUUCCGCCUCCGCUUCGAUUUUGGGCUGGGCGACCGCCGAUGAAGGGCUCCAGGCCCGUUUGGAUGCUGGCGCCUCGGAAAAGAGGCCAAGUCAUUCAGACCUGAUUGGCGCCAGCGGAGAAAGGGCACUCGUCACCCACUGGCAAAGGGCCACGAAACGUCCAGUUAUCGACCUGCUUGCAACAAUGCCAUGGCUGUUGCCAAUCCCGUUGUGGUGGUCGUCGCCCUGCACUAGGUAAAGCCAACCGCCGAAAGCCUUGAAGCUUUCCAUUAUUGGUCUGUCAGACUAUUGAACACUUUGCAUUGGCCAACGUCGGGCCGAAGCAACACUCGCGCAGCUCUCGAGACUGGUACCCCUCUCCCCGACCUCGUCACUCCACCAGGGCGUCGAUCUCGGACCUGAAAUCUUUGGCUAUGAGGUUCGCGUUGAGAGCAGAUCCACAGAGCAAAGCGUCUGCUCUAACAACCAUCACUACUACCGUGGCACCUGAGAGGAGAAUUGGGCUUCACAAGAAUUCGUUCGGAGUAAUGAUUGACACGUUUUCGAGGAGGUUGGCCCCCGUUUUCUUGGAUUGAGUGGCAUCUGAAAUUCUCCGGCUACUCGACGGCCAUACUCCUCCAGAUUCCGACAGGCAGGGAGCUUCGAGUCCUCUCCCUACUUGUCAUCCAAAUAGAGACAUCCUUCGAUACCACGGUCCGGCUCUGUAACAGGAUUGCUCCACACAAGAGUGCAAUACUCUUGAGAUUUGGCGAGCGUCACGGAGUCUGUCAUCAUGUUGGCAACGCUUCUCCUCUGCCACAACGAUUCCACGUCUUCAAUGGUUCCACGCCUUCCAUGUUGCUUUCGCAUACGUGCCACCGCAUUGCAUUGAUGGCAGCAAGGUGCAGAAAGCCCAACCUUGAAGGCCCUCCAUUCAGAUCAUUCUCCGGUAGGUUUUCGAGAUCUUCCAAAACCCUUAGUGCAGAAUUUGGAGAGCCUCGUCUGGUGAGGCCCUAAGCGAACCCACCCAGCGGCUGUUCCCAUACACCAUCCGUGUUCUAGCGUUUCCUGCUCAGACAUGGCGGUAUAUACACCGCCAUGUUGCAAUUUCUUCCACCUUCAAGAUUCGCUGGUCUUUUCCUUUCUCGUUGCCGAAAUUCAGGAAGUUUUGCGUUGGUGCUGCAGCGUGCAUGAACAACAUCGAGGUGGCUGAAAGAUGCAGAUCUCGAUUGCCUACGAGUUUCUGUGCUGAUUGGAUGAGGAGAGAGACCGCAAUCGCAC